GAGCGCGGCGAGCAGCGCAGAGGAGUGCGAGCAGCAGCAUGGCGGGGCUCCGACGCCCGCAGCCGGGCUGCUACUGCCUCACCGCCGCGGCCGUGAACCUCCUGCUGGGCGUCUUCCAGGUCCUCCUGCCCUGCUGUCGCCCGGGAGGGGCUCAGGGACAAGCUAUCGAGCCCUUGCCGAACGUGGUGGAGCUGUGGCAGGCGGAGGAAGGGGAACUCCUGCUGCCCACUCAGGGUGAUUCUGAAGAAGAUAUGGAGGAGCAGUCUCAAGAACAGAGCUUCUCAGACAAGCUAUUUAGUGGAAAAGCUUUACAUUUUCAGCCACCAGUUCUAGAUUUUGGAGUUCAGUUCCUGGGACACCCUGCAGCAAAGAUUCUCUAUGCGUAUAACCCUAGCAGGGAGAGCGAGGUCGUGGUGAAUUCCGUGUUUACAGCUGCGGGACAUUUCCAUGUGCCUCCCGUUCACUGCAGGGUAAUUCCAGCAAUGGGGAAAACGUCCUUCAGAAUUAUUUUCUUACCUACUGAAGAAGGAAGCAUUGAAAGUUCUUUAUUUAUUAAUACCUCCUCACAUGGAGUUCUUUCUUAUCAUGUAUCUGGCAUUGGCACUCGCAGAAUCUCUGCAGAAGGGUCUGUAAAACAGCUACCAAAUGCUUACUUUCUGCUCCCACAGGUCCAGAGCGUUCAGCUUUCACAAACACAGGCAGAAACCACUAACACUAGCCUCUUGCAAGUGCAACUGGAAUGCAGUUUACAUAAUAAAGUGUGUCAGCAACUAAAGAGUUGCUAUGUGGAAUCAGACGAUGUUUUACGGCUACAAAUGAGCAUAAUUGUAACAAUGGAAAAUGCCUCAAAAGAAUUUGAAGAAAACACACAAGAUUUGUUAGAUCAUCUCUCUAUUAUUUAUGUAGCUACAGAUAAAUCUGAGACCUCAGAUGAUUCGGCAGUGAAUAUGUAUAUAUUGCAUUCAGGAAACAGCCUUAUAUGGAUACAGGAUGUACAUCAUUUCUCACAGAGAGAUGCCCUGUCUCUGCAGUUUGAACCAGUACUCCUACCUACGUCCACAACAAACUUUACAAAAAUUGCCUCUUUUACUUGCAAAGCUCCAUCCUGUGACAGUGGGAUGAGAGAAGACAGGAAGAAAAAAAACACUCCGACACUAAAAGCGUGCCUCUCCUCUCCUGUGGCUCAAGGGUAUUUUCGAAUGGACUCUUCUGCAACCCAGUUUCACAUAGAGACUCAUGAGAACACAUCGGGGCUUUGGUCAAUGUGGUACCUCAACCAUUUUGACCGUGGUGUUGUAUUGAAUGAUGUGUUUGUUUCGAAGGAGACCAAGCGUGUUUUAAAGAUUCUGAAUUUCACUGGCCCUUUAUUUCUACCUCCAGGCUGUUGGAAAAUAUUUUCUUUGAAACUUGCCGUUAAAGACUUUGCCAUAAAUCUAUUCACCCGUGUAUUUUUGACUACAAACAUAGGUGCUGUUUUUGCAGUACCUCUACACAUUUACUUGGCGCCGACCAAGGAAGGGAGUCUGGGUUUUGAAGUGAUAGCACAUUGUGGCAUGCAUUAUUUCAUGGGAAAAUCAAAAGCGGAAAAUCCUAACUGGGAAGGGAGCCUUUCUCUGGAUUGGUCUACCUGGGAUGUGGAUUCCGAACUUGCAAAUACACUGUAUGAAAGAUGGAAGAAAUUAAAAAAUGGUGACGUCUGCAAGAGGAACGUUUUAGGAAUGACUCGGUUUGCCCACUCGAAGAAAUCCAAGGAGUCAGAACCCUUUGCUCUCUUCCUGCCUCGUUUGAUCCCGGAGGCUGGCCUCGUGUUAAACUUCAGCGCCACUGCCCUGAGGAACAGCGUGGUGAAGUACUUUGUGGUGAAGAACCCUUCCUCAUGGCCAGUCUCCCUGCAGCUCCUUCCUGUCUCCUUGUACCCGAAGCCCGAGGCAGCCGCGCGCCUGCUGCACAAAUGGUUUGGCACCGAUGUGCAGAUGAUUAAUUUCACAACUAGUGAAUUCCAGCUCACCAAAGCUUGCCCUUACCAGGAUGUGCAUUCUGAGGAAUCCAGGUUUGGCAUCCUCCACUUACAUUUGCAGCCUUUGGAAAGGAAAAGGGUUGGUGUAGUUUUCACACCAGCUGACUAUGGAAAAGUCACCUCCCUCAUCCUAAUCCGGAAUAACUUGACUGUUAUCGACAUGAUUGGUGUGGAAGGAUUUGGAGCAAGAGAGCUACUGAAGGUGGGAGGGAGACUUCCUGGCACUGGAGGUUCACUGCGCUUUAAGGUGCCCGAGUCCACACUGAUGGGCUGCCGGAGACAACUGAAAGACAGCAAGCAAAUUUUAUCAAUUACAAAGAACUUUAAGGUUGAGAAUAUCGGACCACUUCCUAUAACUGUGACAUCUCUGAAAAUUAAUGGGUAUAAUUGCCAAGGUUAUGGAUUUGAAGUUCUAGACUGUCAGCAGUUUUCCUUGGACCCCAACACAUCCCGGGACAUCAGCAUUGUGUUUACUCCAGACUUCACCUCUUCCUGGGUCAUCCGCGAGCUGACUCUGGCCACAGCAGCAGACCUGGAGUUUCGCUUCACUCUCAACGUAACCCUCCCUCAUCACCUGCUGCCUCUGUGUGCGGACGUGGUUCCGGGACCCAGCUGGGAAGAGUCGUUUUGGAGGCUCACCGUCUUCUUUGUCAGUUUGUCCCUGUUGGGUGUGAUUUUAAUAGCCUUCCAACAAGCACAGUACAUUCUGAUGGAGUUCAUGAAAACAAGACAGAGGCAAAAUGCCAGCUCCUCUUCACAGCCAAGCAAUAGUCCGAUGGAUGUAAUCAGCUCCCAUUCUCACAACAAUUGCAAGAACUUUCUCGAUACCUACAGCCCCUCCGAUAAAGGUCGAGGGAAAAGCUGCCUUCCGGUAAACCCCCCGCAGAGCAGGAUCCAGAACGCGACGAAGAGGAGCCCGGCCACCUACAGCCAUUCGCAGAAAAAGCACAAGUGCUCGGUCUAUUACGGGAAACACAAAGCCAGCGCAGCCGUCGCCGGCAGUGCCAGCGCCCCAGCAGAGGACAAGCAGGCCUCGGCCCCAGGUGGCUCCCUGGCUGCUGCUAAAGAGGACGCGUGCCCUGCUGGGAUGGGCGAGACCUGGGUGGGCCUCAAGUACACAGGUGCCCUAAACGUCAACCUGCAGAAGAAUCUAACUCUUCCUCAAAACUUACUGAGUAAAGAAGAAAGCACACUGAAAAAUGCAAUUGCUGUCAGUAAUACUUCUUCCGAAUGUCAUGUGAAGGAGGGAGUACAGACAUGUAUGUUUCCUAAGGAAACGGACCUUCAGAUUUCAGAAAACAUAGCCGAGCUCAAGGAGCGAGAGGUCUGUCCUCUGAAGACCCCUAAGAAACUACCUGAAAAUCACUUGCCGAGAAAUUCACCUCAGUGCCAGUCAGACUUGCCAGAAAUUUCCAGGAAAAAUAAUGGAAAUAACCAGCAAGUGCCUGUCAAGAAUGAAGUAGACAAUUGUGAAACUUUGAAAAAGGUUGACACAAAGUCUUCUUCAGAAAAGAAGAUUCACAAAGCGUCUAAAGAAGACGUAUGUUCUGACAAGCAGGACGUACCUUCAGUCGAGCAGGAAGAUCCUUAUAGGAAAAAGAAGCUUCAGGAGAAAAAAGAAGGAAACUUACAAAAUUUAAAUUGGAAUAAAAAUCGAGCAUGUAGAAAAAACAAGAAAAGGGGUGCUGCCCAGGUCUUGAGGCCUUCGGAACAGAGUGAAUUAAAGCUGGUGUGCAGUGAAUUUGAAAGGUCUGAGCUGAGCAGUGACAUCGACUUAAGGAGCUGGUGUAUCCAGGAAAACCCUGGGGAAGCCUGUAAGACAGAUGCUGGCAUUGGAAGCAGCUUACCUGCCUCGCAGGGAGAGGCAGAGGGUUACUUCCAGAAGCCGGGGAAGAAGCGCGUGGAGAAGUCCUGCUCAGACUCCAGCUCGGACUGUGGCAGCUCCUCGGGCAGCGUGCGUGCCAGCCGGGGCAGCUGGGGCAGCUGGAGCAGUGCCAGCAGCUCUGACGGGGACAAGAAGCCCACGCUGGGCCCUCAGCACUUCCUGCCGCCUGGAGACAGUGUUUCACAAAAUGACUUUCCCUCUGAAGCUCCCAUCUCCUUGAAUCUUUCUCAUAACAUCUGCAAUCCCACAGACGUGAGUAGCUUCCCCCGGCACGCGGACGCCCCCUGCCCCAGCCUUCCUGCCGGGCCUGCGGCUGUUGAAGAAGAUAAAGGUCUCUACCCCCCGGGGGACCUGUGGCCCGCACAGCCCGUGUGUGUGACCAGCGGCUUCGGCUGCGCCCUGGAGAGCAGCGGGCCGGCCGUGCUGCCCGCGCCCGCCCCGGUGCACAGCAGCAGUUUCAUUGAUUGGAAUGCAACGUGUGAAGGCCAGUUUCCCAGUGUGUACUGCCCCCUGGAAUUGAACGACUACAAUGCCUUUCCAGAAGAAAACAUUAACUACCCCAAUGGCUUCCCCUGUCCUCCCGAAGUUCAGACAGACUUCAUUGACCACAGCUCCCAGUCUGCCUGGAACAGCCCCCCAAACGUGCCGACCGCCUGGGGACACGCCGGCCUCAUCAGCUCUCCGCCCUACCUCACAAGCACCCGAAGCUUGUCUCCGAUGUCUGGACUUUUUGGUUCCAUCUGGGCCCCGCAAAGCGACGUGUAUGAAAAUUGCUGCCCCAUCAACCCCACCACGGAACACUCGACUCACAUGGAAAACCAGGCGGUCAUGUGCAAGGAAUACUACCCUGGGUUUAACCCAUUCCGUGCCUAUAUGGACCUGGACAUAUGGACUAGCACAGAGAACAGGAACGCAAACUUCCCACUGUCUAGAGACUCUAGCUACUGUGGGAACGUGUGAAGAAGAUUCGAGUUUUGAACAAUGUGAAUAGAGAGGCUUGUGUUUUGAUUACUAGCGUAAACUGGUUGUUGACAUAGAUUGACGUUGGUGGAUAUUUUGGCACUUUUAUAUGAAAAUAAAUUUUUUAAUGAAAUCUGGGUGCUCUCUUUUUUUUAAUCCUUCACAUAUCAGUGAUAGAAACGAAGCAUCCAUGUGUCCUAACUUCAUAACUCAAGAAGCGUGUCAGACAUGCCAAAUGUUUAAAUCAGGACCAGGGCGGCUUCUAAGAAGGUAAGAGUUGAGAAGGAAAGCACUGCAGUGAUGGACCCCUCCGUGGCACCGGACUCCCCGGGAGCUUGCAGAAAGUGACUUUGAUCAGGUGGCAUUCCGGGGCUUGCUGCUGUAAGGGGCCUGUGGCUCAGGCAGCCAGGAUUUUGUUGGAAGUGCUCCGUUGAUUGAAACGAGCCUCCAGUGUUGGGAAGCCAGCUAUACCAGUCACUUGCCUGGACGGACCAGUCCUGGCGGGCAGGGCUGCUGGGGUGGAGCAGAGAGCCCGGCACUGUUCUGCUCGACCGUGUGACAGGGAUGUUCCCUCCCCUCCAUCAGGCCAGUCACCAGGGGCACGACAGCAGUAAGGACAUGCUGGUAAGUGUCCGGUGUCCCUCCGAGUGCACAGGCUGAGUCCAAGUACAAGGACUGAGUGGGUUAGGGUGCCGGUGCGUGUUUGCUAGGCUGGUUUGUAUCUGCCUGUCAGUGAUCUUAGAAAUCCAUGUGAUGGAACUAUCUGUUUGCAUGUAUAAACCUUGAAAACAUUUCAGCUUUUAAU